CACUUCAAAACAUUUUUUUUAACUUUUCAUGUCAAACACCAUCAAAACAAAAACACGACCGUCAGUAAAAGAUAAAUUCAAUUUUUUUUUUUAAUCUCAAGACAAAAAUAAUCGAUCAAAGGUAGUAGUUUAUCAUCGAUACGCUUAAGUGACCGACAUAAUUUAUAAAUUGUUAUUUUCAUCAAAUAUAUCAAAGAAAUGUACCAAUAUCACUGAGAACAAAGGUGUUUCUUGAAGAAUUUUGUGUGUAAAUGCGUUGGUGUUGACUUAUUGUUGAAAUACAUUUCAUUUACAAAACGACGAACUAACUUCCGUUAGGAACUAAUGAUUAUCAAUCGAAGAUGAGGGCAAUCGAAGGAAAGAUCGUAGUACUGGGUGCUCAAGGUGUUGGCAAGACAAGUCUGAUCGAACGAUACAUAUCAAAACUAUCCUCAAAAGACGUUGCACCGACGAUUGGGGCAUCAUUUCACAUUGUGAAACUAGUGAUAGACGAAAUAAAAGUAAAAUUGCAAGUGUGGGACACGGCUGGCCAGGAACGUUUCAGAGCAAUGGCACCAAUGUAUUAUCGGAAUGCAAAUGCAGCACUGCUUAUAUUUGACAUAGCAAACUACAACACAUUCGUUGACGUUAAGAUGUGGGUGAUGGAGCUCCAAAAAAACGUUCAAGAACCAAUGGUACUGACCCUAAUCGGCAACAAAACCGAUUUGAGCGAUGAACGUACUGUAUCACGGGAUGAAGCAUACUUAUUCGCAGUGUCUAUCAACGGCAAUUACUUAGAGACUUCAACAGUAACCGAACAAGGCAUUGAACAAGUGUUUAUGACUACGGCUUUGGGUCUGUUAAGACUGGCAGAAAAUAGAACAUACGGCACAUCGAUAAAGCGGUACGAGUCUGUGGAGUCCGUUUCAACAUAUUGUAGCUCGUUAGAUUUCUUGGAGAGUCCACACAAUAAUUCCAAUGCUGUUCACCUGGGAAUAGCUGUCGAUGCUAGCGUCGAAGCAACUGGCGGUAUCGGCCGAUUGGAAACACCAUCCUGGAGCAUCGAUCACAUAGCGCAUGGCUAUGAACACAAGUCUGGUUGGUGUUGUUAUUAAACCAUUGAUCUCAAUUAAUGCACACUAUGCGAACGCCUAAUUCGACUCGUCUGCAAGUUGCGUGUUGUGUUCAAAUUAAUUUAUUGCUAGCUCUCGUAUUUUUUGUAUAGUUUUUGCGAUUUUUAUGUUUUAAGAGAAACAGAGACCAAAUGAUGAUGGUGGUGAUGUAACGAAUAUUAUGUCAAUUAACUGUAACGCGGAGUGGUGCUUAUCGAAAGCAUGUCAUUGAUAUUAAAGUUUAAGACGAUGUUGUAACUGUUUAAAAAUUACAUUUUAAUGUGCUUUGAAUAGCGCUGAUUAAAGAACAAAAUUUAUUAUUCUAAAGCUGAAGCUGAAAA